UCUUUGUACAAGGUAGUCAUGGGCAAAGUAUUGUUUGUGACAGCUCUGGCCCUGCUGCUGCAUGCGCAGCUUGGGUCAUCCUUCAUACUGUCAUGCUACUUUACAAACUGGGCGCAGUACAGACCACCUCCAACCAUUUAUAUGCCCAAUGACAUUGACCCAUGCCUCUGUACCCAUCUUCUGUAUGCCUUCGCUACCAUUAAGAACAACCAACUGGCCACCUAUGAGUGGAAUGAUGUAGAGCUUUACAGUCAGUUCAACGGCCUGAAGAACAAGAAUGGCAACCUGAAGACUCUUCUGUCUGUUGGAGGAUGGAACUUUGGUUCUACAGGCUUCUCACAGAUGGUGUCAAGCCCUGCCACUCGUCAGACCUUCAUCAGCUCAGUCAUUUCAUUCCUGAGGAUGUAUGAAUUUGAUGGGCUGGAUAUUGACUGGGAAUAUCCAGCCAACAGAGGUGGCUCUCCUGAGGAUAAGCAAAACUACUCUGUUUUCUUGGAGGAGCUGAGAGCAGCCUUUGAGAAUGAGGCCAAACAGAGCAACAGGGCUCGUCUUCUGAUAUCUGCUGCUGUGUCGGCUGGAAAGGACACCAUUGAUUCUGCUUAUCAGAUUCCCCAGCUUGGCCAGUCCCUGGAUAUGAUCAAUGUCAUGACCUAUGACUUCCAUGGCUCUUGGGACCCCAUGACUGGCGAGUGUAGCCCCCUGUUUAGAAGCCCCGUGGACCAGGGUGGCUUCAUCGAUUUCAAUGUGGACUAUGCCAUGAACUACUGGAAGAGCCAGGGAGCCCCAGCUGAGAAACUGAUUGUUGGUUUUCCCACAUAUGGCAACACAUUCACUCUUAGUAACCCUGCUAACCAUGGUCUUGGAGCACCUAUUUCUGGUGCUGGAACUCCAGGAAAGUACACUCAAGAGGCUGGAGAACUCGCUUACUUUGAGAUCUGUGGAUUUUUGAAAGAUGGAGCGACUGAGGUUUGGAACCAAGCCCAGGAUGUACCAUAUGCUUACAAAGGAAACCAGUGGGUGGGUUAUGACAACAGGAAGAGCUUCCAGAUCAAGGCUGACUGGCUGACGAAGAGCAGCUUUGGAGGUGCCAUGGUGUGGACCAUUGAUAUGGAUGACUACUUGGGCACUUUCUGUAACCAGGGAAAAUACCCACUGAUUAAUGUUCUCAAACAAAGCCUUAAUCUGGAACAAGCAUCCUGUGCCCCUCCUGCCACUCCCCUUCCUCCAAUCCGUGGAGUGAGCACAACUACUGGAGGCAGCUCUGGAGGAGGCUCCAGUGGAGGAUCCAGUGGCAGCAGCUCAUCUGGAGGUGACUCAGGCACAAGCGGCAUGGACGGCGGGUUCUGUGUAGGAAAGGCCAACGGCAUGUACCCCAACCCAAAAGACAAGAAUCAGUUCUACAACUGUGCUGGGGGAAAAACCUACUUUGAGCACUGUGCUACUGGUCUGGUUUUUGACAGCUCCUGUUCUUGUUGCAAUUGGUCCUAAAGCUGAAUUUACAGAUUGACAGAUUAAUGG